UUUUAAGAUGCCUGUUAACAUGGCUUUUUUUUUAGUUAACAUGACCUGGUUGGUUGUAACCUUGGAAACGAUAGCAUCCGGUUAACGAAGUUAGCUCUCAAGCUAGUUAUAACCCAAAAUUAUCUGUAGAAUAAAUUCAAAUUGGAUGUAAUACUGAGUUAGAGGACAUUUUGUUGUUGCACAAAUACAGUCAAGGCUUAUCUGAAUUGGGUUUUGAGUUUGGUGGUUUAUUAGCUACAUAGGUAGCUUAAACUGGUUUAAACUGGAUGUUAACCGGAAGUAGAAUUACAGCACAAUACACUAAUUGUGAUUGCAACACUGGGCUUAACAAAACUGAGAAAUACAAUCAGCAGAGGUUUUGUUUGAGACAAUAAACACUCUGAUGAAUUACAAAAAUGACCUGUAAUUUAGUAAAUAUGUCUAUGGUGGCAUUAUUGAAGAUGCUUGGUCUUGGGGCAGUGGCUAUCGUAUUAGGCCUGGAAGGGCUGGACUGGUUGCUGGCUCUGCAUCUCUGGCCCAGAAGAGGUUCCCGUCAGCCCCUGAAGGAGGUUCUCUUCUUUCCGUCACCCGCAGCAUGUGUGGAGCACUUGUACAAUCCACUCAGGGUUCAUUCAUGCCUGUGUCCCCUCCCUCAUGGCCUCAACACAUCAUUCACCAGACUCCUGGAGCAUCUUCUUUCAGCAUGUGUUUCGCUGGACCUUUGUCUGUUCUCAUUCUCCAACACAGAGCUGAGCCGGGCUGUGCUGCUCUUACACAGCCAGGGUGUGCGUGUGCGAGUGCUUACAGAUCGAGUCUACAUGGCCAUCAACGGCUCUCAGAUCGGCAUCCUCCUCAAGGCAGGUAUCUGUGUGAGGCAAGAUCUGGCUAUCACAAUGCACAUGCAUCAUAAAUUUGCAUUGUUGGAUGGCAGGAAGCUGAUCACCGGCUCCCUCAACUGGACCAUGACAGCAGUGCAGAGCAAUAAGGAGAAUGUGAUAGUAACAGAGGAGCCAGAGCUUGUUCGACCCUAUGAGGACGAGUUCAACAAGCUGUGGGAGGCCAACGACCCAGUCAAACACCCUCUACAAACACACAGGGACACAAAGGGACUCCUGACUCCCACCAGAGACGAGUAGAUGGACAUAGUUAGCUGUAACAUUUAAUUAGUUUUGUUUUAUUUAGUAGGAUUAGAUUCAGAAGGGGUUUUAUUUUUGUUUCACUUUGUUACAAACUUUCAAAUGUUGUUUUUAUAAAUAUCUAUAUAGUUUUAUAGAAUCUGUUGUUUUAUUUCAAUAUGUUUUUCUGAGUGUAGAUUAAAUGCGGUUAAUAUUAGUAGAUCAUUUACAUUUCACGGACAUGAAGAAGAUUUGAUUAUCAUUGUUUAUUUUUAAUUAUUUAAUUACGUAUACACCUCAAGGUUACUGAACAGUCGGACAGAUUUUAAAUACUAAAAUCUGAAACAGAUGCAGAAAAUGAAGAGCAAAAAAUGCAAACUACCUGGGGAGAUCUAAUCUAAUCUGACCUAAUGCAUUAAACAAAAUAUAUUCCAUGGACCUUAA